AUGGCCGACCUCCAGCACAUCACCCUCACCACCAAACCAACCGCCCAGAUCUCCUACACCUUCCACCCACCAACCACCCCCUCAUCAACAACCCCACCACCCCUCCUAAUCUUCCUCAACGGUCUUGGCCUCCCCCAAGCCUCCUGGUUCGCAACAAUUGCCAAACUCCAAGAAUCCAAUGCGCCCCUCCCCGCCCUCCUAACCUACGACCGCUACGGGCAAGGCGCCACAACAGACCGCGACCCCGCCGACGCCGGCGCUGAAGACCCUACACACGGGCACGACUGUCUCGCCGUCGUGCGGGAUCUGAGACAACUGAUCGCACAGAUCGCGAGUGAGAAGCUUGACGUCAAAUCCGACGAUGUCAAUAGCAUCCCGCUAAUCCUCGUCGCAAACUCAAUAGGGUGCGCGCUCGCGCGCCUCUAUGCGCACGAGUACCCGCGCACCGUCGCGGGACUGGUAUUGCUCGACAGCGUCCUUGCCAACUCGGAUUUUGUCUCGAUAUUCCCGGACCCUGACGCUGCGGAUUUCGACCCCGCGUCUCUCCCCGAGGGGAUCCCAGCGGACGCCCUCCGCGCCGCGCGCGAAGGCAUCGCACGUAUCUUCCACCCCUCUGUCGGGAGCAAGGAGGGUCUCUCCCGGAAGAACCUCGCGUCGCUCCUCCCGGACUCCGACGGGCCUGCCCUCAUUGGACCGGAUGGGAAGGGACCGUGGGUUACGGUUGUCGGGCAUGACUUUGACACCUUUGCAAAGGAGUCUGCGCGGAUGCCGAUUGGUGGCAGGGGGGAGGAACUCACGAAGACCUAUGUGAACCCGUAUUGGAAUAGGUAUAAUGAGGGUCUUGUGAAGAUUACCCGAGAGGAGGAGAGGGGCAAGGGGCCGGUUAUUGCGGAGGGGGCGGGCCAUUUUAUCCAGAAGGAUCGGGCGGAUCUUGUUGCGGGGGAGGUUUUGGAGGUUCUUGGGAAGGUGUUGUAG